GUAUUACUAUAACAAAUGAAUGCAAAUGAACGAGUUGUUCUCGCUGAUGGAAGUGCCGUUGUUGUUCCCCUGGAUGCAUCAGUAGCACCUGAUGAUGAUAAUGAUGAUGAAGCCAAGAUCGAAAGGAUACACAAUGUCUGGGGAAGUAGCUCAGGAGCACGCAGUGACUUCUUAGGAAUCUACUGUAAACAUCGCAACGCGGAGGCGGAAAGACUCCAAAAUCAAGAAAAACAAUGGGAAACAGAAACAGAAAAUAAAAUAUUUCAAACAAUCAGGUAUACUAGAAUGCAAAAGGAAUUACAAAAAACUGCUAAACGUAGAGAAAAACGAAUGAAGAAAAAGAAUAAGAUCACAACAUCUUCUAAAAACAGUACGAUCGUAUCACAAUCAUAUGAAGUCACACAAGAUGGAAGUACGGAUCAAACGUCAGAAGGUGUUAAAUCUGUGUGUGAAGACAAAAACAAAUCCAUGGGAUCAGAAAAUGUCGAAGAAUCAACAUAUAUUAGAAAUGUUCCUAAUAUUAUCAUUGAGGAAGACACGUUGUAACGUUACUAAGACGCCAUAAUCUGGGAAAGA